UUGUUUUUCACUAUAGUUUCAAUAAUAAUAAUUUAUUGAGACAUUUAUUUAAAUAUUUCGAAAUUUAAUUUCAUAUUUACUUUCAGUAAUGACUACAACAUUGAGUUUAAACUCAAAUAAUUUUGAGCUUCGGUCACACAAUGGCAAAAACGGGAAAGACAUGCAUCCGAUCGCAGAACCUCCUAAAGAACCUCGGGAUCAAUGGGGCGGACAAAUAGAGUUUCUGUUGGCCUGUUUGGGAAAUGCUGUCGGACUCGGAAAUUGUUGGCGUUUUCCAUAUUUGUGUUAUAAAAACGGCGGCGGUGCAUUUCUCAUCCCAUAUAUUAUUUGCUCUUUUGUAAUUGGAUUACCGCUAUUUCUAAUCGAGUUAAGUCUUGGUCAAUAUUCAUCAAUGGGCCCAGCUCACCUAUAUGCUAAUCUAUCACCAUUAUUUAAAGGACUGGGAUUGACAUCAAUUAUUAGCUCAAUGAUUGUGGCCGUGUAUUACAAUAUGAUAAUCGCUUGGACUCUCUUUUACUUCGUUGCCUCACUCUUAGGCCAGGAUUGGCAACAUUGCGGACAACAUUUCAAUUCAUUAAAUUGCACAACAAUUAAUGAUAAAAUGAAUUUUACUAAUUAUUCAAUUUCGUCGACUGAAGAGUACUUUAAUAACUAUGUUUUGGCAAAAUCUGAUGGAUUAGAGAUUAUGAAUUCAAUGAAUUGGCGAUUAGUGGGAGCGCUGUUCGCUUCUUGGGUUAUAGUUGUCGCCGCACUUAUUAAAGGAAUUCAAUCUUCAGGUAAAGUGGUAUAUUUUACGGCAACGUUUCCGUAUGUUAUUCUCGUAAUUCUGUUUAUCAGAGGAAUAACACUCGACGGAGCAAUCGAUGGUUUGCGAUAUUAUGUGACCCCAGAGUGGAGUCGUGUUAAAGACCCGACAGUUUGGAGGGACGCAGCCGUUCAGGUCUUCUAUAGUUUUGGAAUCGGCGGCGGAGGAAUGAUUACUUACGCUUCUUAUAAUAAAUUCACGGAUCCAGUCUUUGUGAUCAAAACUAAGGUCAGACAUUCAUUAUUGGUGGGAAUCGGAGACUUCUUGACAUCAAUUUUUUGCGGAUCUGUUGUGUUUGCAAUGAUUGGAUAUAUGGCUCAUGCCUUAAAUAAACCCAUUGAUGAUAUAGUGCAAAGUGGAACCGUAAUUCCUGAAGGACUAUCACAAAUGCCAUUAUCAAUAGUUUGGUCAAUGAUGUUCUUCGCCAUGUUAUUCCUAUUGGGCAUUGACUCCCAGUUCGCAAUGGUUGAGACUGUUAUCACUUAUAUCUUUGAUCUAUUGCGAAACUCCAAAUAUAAGCUCAAUAAACCGGCAGUCGUGACAAUCGCCGGCUUUAUAUGGUUUUUAUGCGGUUUACCUCUUUGUACAAACGCUGGCGUUUAUAUAUUGAAUUUGAUGGACACAUAUGCGGCCGGCAUUCCCUGCCUUAUUGUCGGCCUCUUUGAGAUCUUUAUCGUCGCUUACAUUUAUGGAAUUUCAAACUUCUUUCAGGACCUAAAAUUAAUGACAGGUUGGAUGCCAUCGGAUAUAAUGCGCUCACAUAUAAUAGUGAUGAUCACCACUUGCUCUCCGAUUGCAAUCGCUAUCAUUCUCUAUAAAGACAUAUUCGGACUUUUAUACAGUGAAGAAGUGAUAACUUAUGGUAAAUAUGUUUACCCGUCUUGGGCUCAAUGGAUCGGUUGGUCUCUGGCCUUAAUAUCGGUGGCCGCUAUACCAUUGGGCGCAAUAUCACACUUGUUUUAUGUCUUCACAUCUCGUAAUGUUAUGAAAAAACUAAAGGCAAGUCUUAAACCAACAAAACUAUGGAAACAAAACGCAGACAAAUAUUUGUUCAAAAGUUCUCACCCUAUUGUCCACACGAAGCCAUCAUUGAAUAACUUUUACAUAAAUGGUAUUCCGUCUGAACUGAACAUUGGACCCGAAAAUGGUGUCAUUAAUCCGGCCUUUAUAUCAAUG